AUGGAGAAAAAGAAGAUUCGAAUGAAAUCCAAGGUUGCUGCUCCUAACCUCCUGAAGGCCCUGCAUUCACUGUAUCAGUUUGGCCACCUCUGUGACGUGACCGUUCACACGCAACACCUAGGAAUUCAGGAGGAGUUUCUGGUUCACAAAGCUGUCUUGGCUGCUUCCAGCAACUAUUUCAAGGGGCUUUUCCUGCACGAUGAGAUGCUGGACACCAAGAAUUGCACAGUGACUCUGCAAGACAUUUACACGGAAGAGUUCACUUCAUUCCUGGAGUUCGUUUACACAGCGGAGGUGGAGAUUGAAGCAGAAAAGCUGCAAAGGAUGAAGGAAAUUGCCGAAAGGCUUGAAUGCAAGGAUUUGCUUGACAUUUGUGAAGAAGCAAAAGCAGAGGGCAGGAAGGGGUUAGAUCUGAGCCUCCAUCUGAAAGGGCAGCUGUGUGAAAAUGGUGGGACACCGUGGACUUGUGUCCAGCAAGAGGAGAUCCACAAACUCGGUAAUUCUUCCCAAGUCAUGCAGAGGAAACUUUGGGAUAGGCAAAAGUGUAAAAAGUUGCUGGCUGGCUAUGAACUCAUUGAAGGCCAACCAGCAACCCUGGAGCAAGAGGACACUGCUUUUCCAGACCCAAACCCCAGGACGACAAAAGUACUGAAACGUAACAGGACACAUACCAGAAACAGACUCGGUGAGAAUGCUGUUCAUCAAGAAAAGGAGAAUAGUCGUUCUCUCCUAAGUCAGACUGAAUCAAAGGAAGCCUGUGUAGUAAUUAGGGACACUCUGUCUGAGCAGUGGGAAGGUGAGAACAGCAUAAUUUCCAAAUUCACUGCUAAAAUGGGCCGUAGGAAAUCACCGCGGCGUGUGGCCCAAGGCCUGCCGCGGCUCGCCUGUGAGAAGUGUGGCAAAUCGUUCCGCGUUAUCAAGCAGUACCAGUCGCACAUGGAGCUCAAGCACGACGUUACCUUGGCUGUCAAGUACAGCUGCCAGACCUGUGAGCAGCUCUUCUCCUCUCACCAGCACCUCCGGCAGCACUGCCUUGCUGUUCACCGCGAGGAGCAGGGUUUCUCCUGCAUGUUUUGUGACAAGAGGUUUAAAUGCCGGAAGGAAAUAAAUGACCAUAUCCGCAGGGUGCACGAGAAGAAGCGGGACCCACAGGCCUGCCCAUACUGUGACAAGGUUGUCAGUUCCAAGUGUGGCCUCACGGUCCACAUACGAAUGCACACGGGGGAGAAACCUUAUAAAUGCGAACACUGCCCUGCUAGUUUUGCUCAGAGGUCUGCUUACAGCACUCACGUAAGGAAAAUCCACGAGUCCAGGCAAGAGAGGAAACUGAUGCCCGUCUACUGGAUGGUGGUUCCAUCUGCACGUAGACCAAACGUGACAAACUGUGACAGAGAUCCUGACAGAGACGGGUGGGAUGGGGCGUCGGAGGCUGAACAGCAAGAGUGUGUGAGGCACAAAGAGGCCACAAGUUGUGAGGAAGCGGGUUCAUCCCUUGACAAAGUUGACCGUAGCAAUGAGCAAGAAGAAUGGGAGUGGAAACAUAAGGAAGUUGGAUCAAGAAGUGAAAAAAUGAGAGAGGAAGGGAAUGAUGAUGAAGGUGAAAUGAGUGUGAAGGGUGAGGAGGAGGAGGCACAUUACGAAGUGGGGUAUUCAGAAGUUGAGGAUAGUAGAGAUAAUGAAGAGGUCUGUACCGAGGGGGAUGAUGAGGAUGACGGAUGCUCUAAUGAGAAGCGUGGUGGAGAACAUGGAUCGGAUGAAGAGCUUAAAAUGAAGAAAAUAAAUAAAAGUGGGACGAGUAAGAAAUCCACCUAUGUAAUAAGGUGCGAUAAGUGUAAUGAGCAGUUUGUUUCAUGGAAAAAGUACGUGGAUCACUGCAGAGAUGUCCAUCAGUGCUUGCCCGGCAAAGUCUAUCAGUGUGACAUCUGUAGCAAGUCGUUCGCUAGUUACAACAGCUGGAAGGAGCACCGAGCGUGUGUCCACACUGAGGAGAGGCAGUUCGCCUGCACCCUUUGCAACGCUACUUUCAAAAGGAAGAGAGACGUGAGGACACAUUACAUGCGGAAGCACGAAGGCAGAGUCAAACGCCCUCUCUGCUCUGUCUGCGGGAAGAUCCUCAGUUCCCGAACAGCGCUAGUGUUCCAUAUGCGGACACAUACAGGAGAAAAACCAUACAAGUGCGGCGUUUGUCACUCCAAGUUUGCUCAGCCAUCACAGCUUAAGAUCCAUACCAGGUCCCACACAGGGGAAAAGCCGUAUAUUUGCGAGGACUGCGGGGCUUGCUUUGCCGAUAAAGGCAAACUCACAGGCCACAAAAGGACCCACACAGGAGAGCGCCUUUUCAAAUGUGAUGUGUGCGGGAAACAUUUUUCCACCAACGAAUACUUAAAAUGCCACAAGCGAUGCCACAUGGGUGCUAAGCCCUACAAGUGCGACGUUUGUGGGAAGACAUUUGGGCUGAGAGCCUCGCUAGCCCAGCACAGCAAUGUCCAUGCAGAGACCCGUCCGUAUUUCUGCGAGCAGUGCGGGAAAACCUUCACCCAACAGGGCGCUCUCCGGCGUCACCAGCGCAUUCACACCGGGGAGAAGCCCUACAAGUGCCGAGCUUGCGAGAGGACCUUCACGGACAUGUCCACCUUGCGCAGACACGCCUCGAUCCAUGACCGGAAUGCUCACUGGAGAAGUUUCUUAAUAGAUCUUACGACCAAAAAAGACCAUAACUGGUCCAAAAUAGAGAUGCUUGCAGGAGCUUGUGUGGGUGAAGACUCUGCGCCGGGAAUUUGGUCGGUCGACCGAGGUAAACUUUAUAAACCAGAGAACGUCGCUCUGAAAAAAGCGGAACGUGUGCCGCCUGGCGUCGGAAACUGA